AUUUUUAACUAGUAUUAUUCAAACCAAUAUCCCAUGCCCCGAUUUCUCUGCUAGGUUGCUUUGCCAAGUGAGACGAUGGAUUCGAAUGGGAUUGCCAGGGCUCACAGUUCUUCCAACUCCCGGUAGCGUUGAGUUUGGCAUUCUCAUCUCCGAGGACAAACGAUUAACGGAAUAUUAUUAAAGUACAUUUCGCCCACAAGACUUCCAGAGUACAAGAAGUCGUUUUCACAAGCUUGAUAGACAGCUUUGUUGUCUUGGAGUGACCAUGGUGUCGUUCAAAAUUGCGUAUGCCAAGUACGGCGUGUUAAUUUCUCUUUGUGCUUCUACCGUGGCCAUUCCGUUCUAUUCUGGAAACUCGAGUUUCCCUGAGGACAUCAGUCGCCGCGCUGCGAAUUACUAUCUCCGUAUUAUGCCCCUCGGAGCCUCUAUAACAAAGGGCCAAGGAGUACCAGGAGCAGACAACAAUGGGUAUAGGAAAUUCUUACGGGACCAACUUCGUUUCGACGGAUGGCAAGUAAACAUGGUUGGCAGCCAACCAGGUGGGACUAUGCAAGACAACGAUAGUGAAGGCUACCCAGGUGCGAUAAUCGCUGAGGUUGCGGGACACGCAGAAUUUGCCCUAUCGACCUUCAAACCAAACGCCGUCUUGAUUAAUGCUGGCACGAAUGAUGCAACGAAAGAUCACGAUGUUAGCACAGCCGGCGAUCGCAUGAAAGACAUGAUUAUGAAUUGCUUCAUAAAGGUUCCUAGCACUGUAGUUAUUCUAUCAACGCUCCUUCCCAACUCAAUAGCUCCCGGAAAAGUGGCAGAAAUUAACGACCAGUAUCGGAACAUCGCAGCGAAGUUUAGAAACGACGGCUUUCACAUAAUUUUGGCCGAAAUGGAUGAUGGAUUCAUAUCCAUAAACGAGAUCUUUGAUAAAACUCACCCGAAUCCAAGCGGCUACCAGAAAAUGGCGGCUGUUUGGCAUCAUGCGAUCAACCAAGCGGACAAAAAAGGCUGGCUUGUGCAGCCAAGCAGCGACGUGACCUUCCAGGAUGGAACCUAUGGAAAAACCUGCCCGAAGGUUUUAGGAAGUGGAUCUGCGGAUCCUCGAUCUGGAAUGCAGAUCCUCACAGCUAACUCAGGGUUGAUAUAUAAUGAUGGGAACUAUGUGCAUCGCUCUACAGCAAUGGGGGUAAUCCACAGCCACGUUGGGAAAGAGGCCAUUAGCAACACCGAUUUUUUUCUCGCUCAGCUGGUAAGUCUUCAAAAGGUAGGCCGUGGCGGCGAACGUGAUGAUAUAGUUUAUGUCGACGGAUCUGCCUUGAAGAUUACGAUGUUUAUUAACCAAGGCGAUGGGACUUUCGGCCCUGAAGUGAAGAUUGACGUCCAUGACAGCUGCCCGGUAGCAGGGGUUCGUUGGGGCGAUGUGAACAAUGAUGGUCUUGAUGAUUUCAUCUGCAUUGGGGAAGCAGGAAAUAUGUACGUUUCAAUUAAUCAGGGAGGUAACCCACCCACAUUCAAAUCUUUAGGCGGAAUUUAUAAGAGUUCCCCCGAAGGAUAUACACGCGAUUAUGUUCGGCUUGGUGAUAUCGAUGGCGAUGGGAGAUUGGACUAUUGUGUUGUUAACAAUAGCAAUGACGUCUGGUGUUGGAGAAAUGGCGGCCUAAGUGACAAAGCCGAAUACUGGCAAAAUCUAGGAAAAGUUUUCACUGGUAGUAAAUACGUGGAUGGCCAGAAAGGGAGAUUUGUGGAUAUCAACGGCGAUGGUCGUUCUGACUGGCUGUUGGUUAACAAAUAUGGCCAAGUUGUCACCUACAUUAAUCAGAGAGGCGAUGGCGAUGGUCUUGUACCGAAAUGGUUAGAAGCUGUUGUGACCCAUGCCGGAAUGGGAAAAGGCGUUUUGCGGGAUGAAAACAUUCUCUUUGGACAGGUUUAUGGGGAGCGUGCAGACUAUGUAUUUGUUGAACAGCCGUAUGAACCUUUUACUAUGUUCAAAGACCUCAAGUGUUGGAAAAACGAUGGUGGUGGAGGCAAGCACCAGAAAGGCGAUGGCGCGCACUGGGGCGACAUGGAUGGUAAUGGAAACGAUGAUUAUGUCUGGAUCUCGCCCGAUGGCAAAGUUGCCAUCUUUAGGAAUCUUCAUCAGCCUCCUGACACAUCCAAAUUCAAAACAGGCGGUGGCUGGGACGCAGCACACGUCAAUCUUGAAACCGGAUAUGACCGUCGAGCUUUGCAUAUUGGAGACUGGGACGGCGACGGAAAGGCCGACAUCAUUGCCGUUGAAAAAGGGAGUGGUGCAGUCACAGUUUGGAAGACCAGCUAUGCUGGGAAUAAAUUUUCAUUCGCUAAACAGGUUAUCCCCAACAGCGGCAAGUGUAAUCAGGGGUGGGGUGUUGGCUUGUUUGACAUUGGGGUGAUCUUUGCCGACCUAACUGGAAAUGGUCGGGUUGACUAUCUUUGUAUGAAACCUGACGGGACUACGGAGGCUUGGUUGAACGAUGAUGGGUCAGACCUCCGCUCUGUCGGCCAGAUUAAAUUUAGUGAAAAAUUUGACCGAGCAAACCAUCGUUUUGCUGAUGUUAACGGGGACGGGAGGGCAGAUUUUCUCUGGGUAGACAAGUUCAACGGCGACACAAAGGUCUGGGAAAAUCUUGGCGAGCUGCCCAACGGCGAACGUGUUGGAGGCAGCUCGUUUCGUUGGAGCCUUAAGGGGACAGUAUAUAAAGGAUCCUCUCGUGGAUCUAACAUGCACUUCCCAAACAUAGGGGGGGUAGGUCGAGCUGAUAUAGUGGAUGUUAAUCCAACUACAGCUAAAGGAUUUAUAUGGUUCAAUAGCUGCCCUGGGGGAGGUGACGACGGCGAGGGUCCAGUCCCGGAUCCUAUGUUACCCGCAUACAAUCCAAGUGGUCCGAUAGAUCCAACCGACCCAGAUGACAAAGUAAAUGCCAAUAAGUUUUGCUCUAAGAAUGAAGGAAGCUGGUCUCCGGAGCUUUGGAACGAACUACAAGUUGGGACGUGGUUAGACCAGAGAACUCGAUGGUAUAGCGGGAGACCCGAAGGGUGGCCUAGACCAAAAACCAACUCUUGGGAUGCUGGAGUACCUCGAGUCAUUUCAAAUUUUAGACUCCUUACUGAGGACGAGUUUUUCAACUGGCUUCCAUCUUGUCUAAGUAUCCUAGAAACAUGCAUCAUUCUUGCCGUCCAUCUUAAAGAAAACUGUGAGACCGACUGGGAACGAGCUUACUCUCUAUUCGCAAUGGCCAAUUUUGCUAGAUUUAUACAGAGAUUUGUUAAGGUAUAUAAAUCUGAGGCAGGGAAUACCGCCUACGAUCUUCCUACAAUGGCGAAAAUCUUGAUUGCCGAACAAAACAAAGGCCUCGCCAUAAGUGAUGGAGCAUGGCUCACCAUGGCGGGUGGCGCUGUUACUGCAAUAACAGCAUUUAUGCCUGGAUUCGGUGGCAUGGCUGGUGCUGCAGCAUCCGGUAUCUUCGGCAUGGCCAGUGCAUUUGCUGAUGGCGCUGCUCAGAUCCACGAUCCGGGGUUCACUAGUUUUGCUAACUUGUCCACGACGUUUGGCGACAUGCAAGAUCUGGUUGUGGACACGGUUGACAUUUAUUUCCAAAAAAUGUUCUUUGCUCAUCCUGCCACGGGAAAUAUUGAGCAAGGUACCCAACUUUCUAACAUCCUAAAAUCUGGCGUAUUUUCGAACCAAUAUAUCGGGAUGCUAGAUACAGAUACAGGCAUUAGGGAUCCAACGCCCGGAUAUGUCGAGUUUGACCGCAAAUUGAUGCGCAAAAUGAUCAAAGCACCAAUCAUCAGCGAAAUUUGGAAUAGUCAAAGGAUGUUCAUUGUUAAAUUCAGACAGGGAUUGUUAGAUUACACAUGA